AUGGCCCAACCGACCGACGAAGAUAGACGCGACUCCGCCGACGAGCCUCUCAUGGCCAGCGACAACUCAUCCAACGACGAGCGGGAGGACUCGCCAUCGAUAGAAUUGCCUGGCCAAACGCGCGCUCCUAUGCACAAAGCUGGGAAAGUCAUCUGGCUACUUACUCUAUCCGCUGGUAUCUCUGGACUGCUCUUCGGCUACGACACCGGGGUCAUAUCAUCUACACUUGUUUCAAUCGGCUCGGAUCUGUCCGGCCACGAUCUGACGACUACGGAUAAGAGUUUGAUCACUGCUGUGACCUCGUUGUUUGCACUGCUGUCUGCGCCUCUUACUGGUGUUUUCGCCGACAAGUAUGGGCGACGAUCUGUUCUGCUGCUCGCGAGCAUACUCUUCGUGCUGGGUGCGAUCAUUCAAGCAGCUGCCGGGAUCGUGUCGAUCAUGGUAGUCGGCAGAGCCGCUGUCGGUGCUGCUGUGGGCCUCGCGUCGUGUGCGACUCCGCUGUACAUCACCGAGUUGGCGCCGGCCGAGAUGCGCGGUAGGCUGGUUACCAUCCAGUCUCUCUUCGUCACUGGCGGCCAAGUGGUGGCGUAUCUGGUCGGCUGGACGUUCGCAGGUCAACUCCACGGCUGGCGAUGGAUGGUCGGUCUGGGAGCCUUUCCUGCGAUGCUACAGCUGUUUCUACUGGCCUUCAUGUUCGAGUCACCUCGGUGGCUCGUUCAGAUCGGCAGGGAAGGGAGGGCGAGACAUGUGUUACGACGCAUCUACGGCGGCCUCACAGAAGACGAGCAGAAGCGGACCGUGGACAGCGUGGUCCUCGACAUCCAGACUGAGAUCGCGGCAGAAGCGAAGCUCGACGACGACGAGCCACAAUUUGGCAACACUCGCUCGUCCUUCCUCACUACUGCGCGACAACUCUUCGAGAUCCCAGGAAACCGCCGCGCCCUAACGAUCGCUUGCAUGCUCCAAGCAACCCAGCAGCUCUGCGGCUUCAACUCGCUCAUGUACUUCUCCGCGACCAUCUUCUCAUUACUCGGCUUCACCAAUCCCAUCACCACCUCCCUCUCAGUAGCUCUAACAAACUUCAUCUUCACAAUCGCCGCCUUCGCCUUCAUCGACACCCUCGGCCGUCGGAGGAUCCUGCUUUUCAGCAUCCCGAUCAUGAUGCUGGCGCUUGGAUGGUGCAGCUGGGUUUUCUACAAUAUGAAGGGGCUGGCUCCUGGCGCGAAACAGCCAAAAGUCAGUUUCAUACAGGAUGAUCGAUCAAGAUGGCCUCAGUCACUUCUAGGAGCCAUGCUCAUCUACGUCGCCGCAUACGCCAUAGGUCUGGGCUGCGUUCCAUGGCAGCAAAGCGAGCUGUUCCCGCUUCGAGUCCGAUCUCUUGGAUCUGGCAUUUCGACGGCCACGAAUUGGAGCUCGAACUUCGUCAUUGGUAUUACGUUCUUGCCUAUGAUGGAGUUCCUGUCGCCGAGCGUGACGUUCGCGGUGUACGCUUUUGUCUGCUUAUUGGACUGGGUAGCGAUCUUGAAGAUAUACCCUGAGACCGCUGGGUUGGAAUUGGAGGGCAUUGGAGGACUGCUGAAGGACGGAUGGGGGGUUGAGAAGAGCCUUGAAGGCUUUCGGGAGAGGAAGGAUCUACAGGCAAGGCAGGCUCGGGAGCAUAGUAAAUCACAUGGCGUAUGGGCGUUAUUCAGGCGGCGAUAA